UUUGGAGAGAUUUUUCCAUUUGGCCUAGAGUUUCCAGGAAAAUAGCAAAUAAUACGUUAUUGCAAACUCAAACAGGAAUCGAUAAAACUCGUUUUGUAAUUUGCUCUUCAAUGGCAGGAGCAUCUUCUUCUUCUUAUUCUUCUUCUUCUUGUUCUUUUAAAUUCAAAUUAUAAUCGAAUAAAACUCGUUUUACAAUCUGAUCUUCGAUGGCAAAAGCAUCUUCUGUUUCUUCUAAUCGACCUCAAGUGUUCAUCAAUUUCCGGGGAAAAGACCUUCGCAAAAGCUUCAUCUGCUUUCUUGUGACUGCCUUGAAAAACGAAAACAUCAACGUGUUUAUAGACGAGCAUGAGGAGAGGGGCAAAAAGCUAAGCGACCUUUUUAUUAGGAUAGGUGAUUCGGAAAUCGUGUUGGUUAUCUUCUCUGAAGGAUACACCGAGUCAAAAUGGUGUUUGGAUGAGCUGGUAAAGAUCACGGAAUGCAUGGAUCAAGAAAAACUCAGAGUGAUUCCCAUCUUCUACAAGCUUGAUAUCGCCGUAGUGAAACGUUUUCAAGGUAAAUUCGGCGAUCAAUUCAGGGAUCUGGAAUGUAGAUAUAAUAAUACUAAACCAGAAACACCCCAAAAAUGGAAGGAAGCUGUGGUUUCUGUUUGCCAAAGAUUUGCCUUGUCCUUGUCCGAAAACAGUGAUAUAACCGAUGAAGAUUUCAUAAGGAUAAUCGUCACGGAGGUUAAGAAAAUGCUGUCGGAUUCCUCCACAAGAAUAGAUGGGAAAAUAGUAAAAAAUGACGAGGCAUCAAAUGAGGAAGCCGUUGAAGUUUACCAGUCAAACAACAUGACUGGAAAUACCCAGAUUCAGUUACCGGAGCCUUCGUACGAGUUAAAAGUAUGGGUUCUUGAAGCAAGGGAACUUUCUAUUACAUGGUCAAACGACUCCGAGUAUUGGUUCUGGCUUCCUCUCAUAAACCGAAGUCCAAAUGAAUCAGUUAAGGAAGUUGCGAUUUUGAAAAAAGUUUGCUGGCUACACAUAUCUGGAAAGUUUGACACACAAUAUCUGUCCCCGAGGACAAGGUACGAGGUAGUGUUUGUGGUGGCGUUGCUUAGAAGCAACUCAAAAUGGAAGACACCAGUGAAUCUAAAGUUGGUCUUGCCCAAGAGUUUGGGGAAACUGCAAGAGCGGAGUGUGAACAUGUUAGAUUACUUAUCUGAGGAUUGGGUUGAUAUUCCUGUCGGUGAGUUCACCACAUCGAACAAAAAUAUCGGGGAAAUCUAUUUUGCAAUGUACGAUCACGAUUGCAACCAGUGGAAGUCAAGGCUCUUCAUCAAAGGUGUUGCAAUUCGUCCCAAAUCCUAAGAGCUUCUCCAACAGUGAGGAUGCUAUUUUGAGGUUUUUAAAUUUUUUAAGAUUAUAUUUUGUAUUUUUUGAAAAUAAGAACUUG